CACCGUUUUUAAAUGUUAUGUACAGGCACAUAUUGCAUUGUGUUACAACUAUGCUUUUAUUAAGGGUCUUUCAACUUUGAGAUCGAGAUAUUUCAAAUUGAAGUUAGGCAAAGCUAUAGCACUAGAGAUAAACCUGGAAUGCUGCAAUUUUCAGGGUGCGGAAUGGCUUAUGAUCCUAUCUGUAAGAUCCAAUUCCAUCCCUCCUUUAUCCUUUAUCCUGACAGCAUUGAAAGUGAAACUGGUUUAAGUAUAAUUGACAUUAGCUAUGUGCAUUGGGUGUACAGUAACUGGACCGCACACACCUCAUUCAUUCAUGGGCAUGUUGUGUCUUGUGUUUCCUAUUAGAUUGUGAAACACAAACAAAAGUAUCUAAGAGUGCUACCAUAAACAUUUCCUAGACUGAAGGAGAAGACCUUUGUGGUAUACAGGGAAGGAAGAAAUUACAUUUUUAAAACUUUUAAAUUUUAGAUGGGCUUAUUUUUCUCUCCAGCAAUAUAAUAUUCUUAUCGACGAAACCCACAGCAAGAUCGCUAAUUUUGCCACUUGUAAUCUUUUGUUACAAUACAAUACAGUGUUUUCAACUCGGAACGAUUGACUUGUUUCUUCUGCUGCUUUCAUAAAUGGCUUCCAAAGUGACCAUGAACAGUUCGGGUGAAACUGAAGCCGCAGCCAUCCUGGCCGAUAUUGAGAAACUUACCAAGUCUGGCAGCCAGGUUUUAGCAGAUGACCAUCAUGAAAGAGCAUUGUCCAUCUUCAAGAAAGCCUACCUGCUUUCUUUAAAGCUUCCUGAAGGCCAGGCCCAAAAGGCUUGUCUGUUUAACCUGGGUGCUGCCUACAUUGCCGUGGGCAAAGCCAAGAAGGGCCUGAAGUGCCUGAUGAAGUGCAAGCUGAAGGAGCCCGAGGGGAGGGAUGCAGACAUGUACUUCAACAUCGGCAUCGCCUAUGAAGAAAUGAAGGAGUACUCCAAGGCCGUCAAGUUCUACCAGAAGGCUGUGAACGACUACGGAGCUCACCAGGCUGACAACACCGCGGACGCCCUGAUAAAGCUGGCUUACUGUUCCGUGAACCUGAAGGACCCUGCAUCGGCAGCACACUCCUUCCGGCUGGCCGGGCAGUCCUACCAACAGGCUGGGAGGUGGGACUACGCAGCUAUGGCACUGAGGGAAUGUGCCAGCUACAUGAUCCACAGCCAGAAGUUCUCUAAAGCAGGAGUGCAGCAGGUUCUCAAGGAGUGUCAUCAGAUAUGUAAAGGAAUAUCACAUUCAAGCCUAAAAGGAAAGCUGCUGAAUGACAUUGACCUACAUUACACAGAGCUGAAGAGUUUCAACCAAGCAGAAGAGUGUUUCACUGAAGCCUUGGGCAGCUGCUCUGGAAUGAGUUUCAGCAUCAGGAAAAGAGCGGUGCUUCUUCAGAACACAGGGGCGAUCCACAAUGCAAUGAACCAGUACGAGACAUCACUCAAGUAUCACGCUGAGGCAGCUGACAUGUACGGAGAAAUCUGAGGCUCCCAGGGAGAGGAUCCUGGGUAAACUGACGGACACCAUUAAGCACAACGUGGCCUUGCAGCAAUCCCACUCACGCAAGCAGAGCUUCCCUCUUCCCAAUGAGACGCUCACCGCUACCACCCCUGCGCUGACUCAGGAGGGCGAAGACGAACACACGCUGUCCUCCGAAGCGUGUGCCAUCAGCCGACCACUUUUUUUCACACUGUGGACUCACCAUGCAGCCACCCAAGAGUUACAGCAUCGGAGGACAACGCAGCUCUCGGGCAGCUUACAGGCAAACCCGCAGGUGCCCGGCCAGACUACAGCGGCCGCUGGUGCGCGGUGAGCCGAGGACACCCUGGCCAACUAAUUUCACCUCAUGGACAGAUGGUAAUCACACUGACUAUCAACUCCAGCGAUCCAUUAGACAGGCGACAGAGGAAACCAGACAAAGCUAAAUCUCGAAUCUGUACAUUGCUCUAGGAUUUUACAAAAUCGGAUGCAUGGAGAGGCUGUAUGAAGAAAUACUACAUAUGACUUAUAAUAUGUAUAUAUAUGGAUACAGUAAUCCGUCGACUGCGGUGGGACCAGAGUAAGGGCGGAUAUGUAAAAAGCCGGAUGAAUGAAUCUGUUUUAAAUAGACUGUAACAAUUACUACAUUCAGACAAUUAUUGUUCUGAGAUUCAGAUUUUAUUAGGGAGUUUAGAAAGAUACAGGGUAUUAAUGCUUAAAACUGGUAGGAUCUACAAUAACUGAACUAAUCUCCGUUCAGUAAUAAACUAACGUUGCUGAAGAGGUUGAUCAUGGCAGAUAAACAUGCCCCAAUAGUUGUAUUCAUUAUUUUGUUCUUGAUAUAAUUAUUAACAAUAGGAUGUUAAUAAUUAUGCACUGCAAAUAAAAUGUAUAUUGCUUUGAGAUCUGAGACAAUUGUUGCUUGUUUAAUGCUAUGAAUCACAACUGUAGAUAAACGCCAGCAAGCAUGUAAAGGUAGGUCUGCUGCCCUACAGAACAGCACCUUCUGGGCAGGAGCUCUAUUGCAGUUUACAAACUGUACACUUUAAAAUAAAUGUGUGCUGGGUUAAAGCUUCCACCUGGUCUUGGGUCUAUACCUUGUCAAAAGUUACUGGUUUAUGAAAACGCAGUAAUGGUUUACAGCACAUACAAACAUUAUAGUCCGUUUUACUGUGAGAAAUACUCAACCGUGAUUGUGGAACCAUCUCAGUAAGGGGUAGAAAAUGUAUUGCUUUUCCUGGACUCACAUAACCAGUUAUUCAACUGGUAUGGCCAACUGAAACCAGCAUAACCAUCUCUGACCAACUUAAAAACAGUCCUGGCCAAAGCAGGGAUGUUUAACUAAGGGGAGCUAACUGGGUUUGUAAAUACAACAUGUCAGUAAUGCUGUGACAGGCAAAGAGUUUAGUUUUGUUGAAUCGUACAGAAGAGCUUUUACAAACAUGUAUGCCAGUGGUCAGAUCAACAUACAUCUGCAGGUUUAACCCCCCCACAGACAAAUAAUGACUGUACCUCUUUAAGCUAAUCAUCUAACCACCCACUGUAUACUGAACCAAGCAAUGGUGUAACACAGGGGUCAGGAGCCUGCUUCCUUCCAGUCCAGAUCUUUCUUCCAUCACUGGUGAAGCACAAUGCUAUAAGCAGGGAUUCCAGAGUCUGUGUUGGCUUUUCAUUAAGAAAGUUAUGAUACUCUUCAUUGUUUACAAUGCCACAGACUACAGUUCUGCAUAUGAUCUGGGGUAAGCAUGGCCCAUGACUGACUCAACAUAUAAUGAAAAAUGGGAGAUCCAAGUUUAUCUAAAAAGAGAUCGAUAAGCAAAUUAGUAUUUUUAUUUCAUUUUAUUUCAUUGUUUGCCCUGAUUUUUGCAAUGCU